AUGAAGUAUUAUGUGGUAUUAUUGAGUGUCCUAAUAGAGCGUACUUGGAGCACAAACGAUGCCCCGCAGCAGCUGAAGUUCCCCCCGUGGUUCAAGUUCGGAGCCGCCACCGCCGCCCAUCAGAUCGAGGGCGCCUGGAACGUCAGUGACAAAACGCCGAGUGUUUGGGACGUGUUCUCCCAUGAAAAGCCGUCAAGAAUUGGCGACGGCAGCAAUGGCGACGUCGCCUGCGACAGCUACCACCUGUGGAGAGAGGACAUCGAGAUGGUUACGCAUCUCGGCCUGCAUUUCUAUAGAUUCUCUAUAUCGUGGCCAAGGUUACUACCGUCCGGGUUCCCCGACCGCAUCAGCUCGGCCGGGCGGCGGUACUACAGCGAGCUGAUAGACGGUCUGCUGGCGGCCGGCGUGGAGCCGGUCGUCACCGUCUACCACUGGGACCUGCCGCAGUCCCUGCAGGAUCUGGGAGGCUGGACCAAUCCUCUAGUCGUCGAUUGGUUCGCGGAUUACGCUCGGGUGGUGUUCUCCCUCUUCGCGGACAGAGUCAAGACCUGGAUCACCAUCAAUGAACCUCUGGUAUUCUGCGACGGAGCGUACACCAUGGGAGUGUAUGCUCCAGGUGUCCUGAGUCCAGACAUCGGGAAAUACCUCUGCAACAGGCACGCGUUGCUGGCACAUGCUAAAGCCUGGAGAAUUUACGACCAGGAAUUCAGGGAUAGGUAUCGCGGCAAGAUAUCGCUCGCCAACACUAUCACUUGGUACGAGCCGGCCGACGGAGAGACUGAUGAUGUAGCGGAGAUCGUGCGACAGUAUGGGGGUGGAAUAUUCUCGCAUCCAAUAUUCUCAAAGAAAGGUGGCUGGCCGCCAGUAAUCGCGAAGAUGAUCGCCGAGAACAGCAGACGACAGGGAUACCCGAAGUCCAGACUACCGCCAUUUACUGAAAAAGAAAUCAAGUUUAUCAGAGGUACAUACGACUUCUAUGCACUCAACUACUACACAUCGCGCGUGGUGCGGCGCGCGCGGCCGGGGGAGACAAUCGACGCGUGGCCCUUCUUCGGCGCGCCAGAGCUCAACGUCUCCUUGACCGUCAGGCCAGAGUGGAAGAAGGCGCCCCCCAGUUGGUUCUAUAUAAAUCCAGUUGGCAUCCGUCACCAGAUAAGAUGGUUGAAGGAGCAGUACGGGGACGUGGAGGUGCUGAUCGCAGAGAACGGGUACGCCAGCCACGACCCCACCGCACACGACAUGGACCGAGUGCAAUUCUACAAGGAUCACUUGGAACAGGUUCUGCUUUCCAUAUAUGAGGACGGUGUGAACGUGACCGGCUUCACGGCGUGGAGCCUCAUGGAUAACUACGAAUGGAUGGAUGGAUAUGUGCCCAAGUUUGGCCUGUUCGCAGUGGAUUUCAACGAUCAGCGCACGCGCAGUCCGCGGACAUCGGCCUCCUACUACGCUGCCAUCAUCAGAGAACAUGCGCUGAUAGAGCCGCCCGAAUAUUUGUCAGUCACCCAAAACGCGACUAACACAAAUACCUCAUAUAAUAGUUUAAUAUUGUCUUUUGUUUUGAUUGUAUAUUUUAUAAAAUGA